AUGAGAAUCCUCGCAUUUUUCUACGAUUCCCGCUCCCCCGUCCCGAUGGCGUUGGCCGGAACCCCGAGGGGGCGAAAGCCGCCCAAACCGGAGAAAGCGCACAAGGUCAGCGUGAUGGCGGUCGCCGAGGGGGACCCGCAGGAUACCGACCAGCAGCCCGGACGAUUGAUGCCCGACCACUACGUGCUGAAGAAUCAGUUUCGGAUUCUUGGGCAAGUCGGCGCCGGCAGCUUCGGCCAAAUCUACCGGGCCCGCGUCCUCUCAAAUGAUAAAGACCUCGAAGUAGCCGUAAAAGCAGUGGUCCGUCAGCAACGCGCCACCGAGGCGAAACGAGCCGUCCUCGAGCAGAAGAUCCUCCGCGAUCUCUCCGGCAUGCCCAACUUUCCCAAGCUGUACUCGAGCGGCAAGGAGACGAUCGGCCAACGGACGUUCAACUACAUGGUCAUGGACCUCCUGGGGCCAAAUUUGGCCGAGUUGAGGAAGCGGAGACCGGAACAGAGACUGGAGGCCGUCACCGUCUACCGCAUCGGACUUCAGGGCCUCAAAGCCAUGGAGGUCUUCCACAAAAAGGGAUAUGUACACAGGGACAUCAAGCCACACAACAUGUGCAUCGGCCAACGCGGCGAGAAGCAGCGCAUCAUCUACCUGCUCGACUUCGGCCUCGCCCGGGAAAUUCGAGACGCCAAAGGCAAGCUGAUCACGCGACGAAAUGGGAUCGGCUUCCGGGGUACGGUACGCUACGCUUCACUCAACGCGCAUCGGCGGUACGAUCAGUGCGCGGUGGACGACCUGGUGGCCUUCUACUACACGCUGUGCGAACUCGCCGACGGCCGCCUUCCCUGGUCCCAUCUCGUCGAUGACAUGCAGGUGUUCAACAUGAAGGACCAGAAGAAGCAGCGCGUCUCGAAGCGAAUGCCCAUCCAAUUCCAAAAGAUGUACGACAUCCUCGACUUUGAGCUCGACGUCCACUGCCCCGACUACCCUCAGCUGGCCACGCUGCUCGAGUCCCUCCUCGCGCGAGAACCCAAAAACGAUCCGCACCUGCCCUUCGAGUGGGAGCCGGAUUUGAAUUCGGUAGGUGACGGCGACCCGCUCGGCGUCCGCCGGUCCCAUGAGCACAUACCUCGCACCGCAAUAUCUACCCAAAAAAUCGGAACGCGUCAUGACGAAGAAGAAGCCCCGGAUCCUGCCCAACGACAAGAAACCCCGUUAAAGACCGGCAUCCCCGAUCGGCUGCUGUCCACUACUUUAAUGAAAGUCGGCAACGUGAAGAAGACAACUCUAGCGCUAAUCCCCCCU